ACCCAACAUUAUAUGCGCCCGACGAAAAUGAUACGUUAAGUCUACACCGGUCAUUAAUAUUAUGGUCGCAAUUAUGAACUAGCGCUACAAACAAACAAGAGAUCAACAUUCAGCUGGCCAUUCGACGUGUUAGCCCAUGAAUAUAAUUCGUUCGAUUUCCCAUUGCCCCUAUAAUUUUGAUUGUUCAUACAUAUGCGCGAAUAUCUUAAUGCGUAUUGAGAAGCACAUGCCUCUUCAGUCGACAAUUUUGAAUGACAAGAGCGAGGGGGUGGCCGAAGGCCGACAGGGGUCUCAAGAUUUAGGUUCGACUGUCGCGCCUCGGGUUCUUUGGGGGUUAUCAGAUCCGUCUAUAAGUCGCCGCGAACUUCCUCACGUUUCCUACCUCUUUGGAUCUUGAAUAUCAUUCUUUUCCCAAUACAAUUAUCUACUCCAUUAGCUUAAGCCGGUGCUCAAACAUGGCUCGCUUGCCGACCGCUCCCCUUUUUGGCUCAACCCCUGGUUCUGUUCCAUAUGUUGGCGAACUGAAUAGCCAAUUUAACCCUAUCAUUAUCAUGCUCGUCGGAUAUCUUGAGAAAUCCCACGGCCCGCAUGCCCUUGAAAAUGCUGUCCAGAAAGCAUACGAGAAGUCGCCCACAUUCAUGAACACGUUUGACAUUACUGGAGCCAAUUCAUUCCUGAAGUUCGCGGACGACCUCCUCAGAUGGAUCCCCCACGAGAACAGCGAAGGAAAGGAUGUUUAUAACAUCCUCUGCAUGUUCUACUUCGUCUUCAAUCAGUCCCCGCUUAAGGAUAUGCAGACUCCUAUCACGCCCGACGUGGUUGGGCAGCCGUUGACUUGGCUCUCAUCCUGGCUAGUUGUCUAUGCUCAGCUCGUUGGCCAAUGGAUGGACACUCAAGACUCCUUGACAGCGAAGUCCUUGGAAACCUUCCGAGAAUCGCCUGCAUACAAUAUAGCUGAAGCACUUGAGCCUGUUGGUGGUUGGAAGACCUUCAACGAAUUAUUCGCUCGGUUCCUCCAGAAAGGGAAAAGACCCAUCAAAAGCCCGGAUGAUGAUAGUGUCAUCGUCUAUCCUGCCGACUGUAGAUACGAUACGACCCUUGAUGAUCAUUCAGUCAAUAUCUCUUCUGGGGGAACUGUCCUCAUAAAGGGCCUUCCUUGGACCAUUAGCUCCCUACUCCAGGGAAGUGAAUAUGGAGAUCAGUUCGAUGGUGGUGUGUGGAUGCACGCCUUCCUAAAUUCGUAUAACUAUCACCGUCAACAUGCUCCAGUUAGAGGUACAGUGCUUGAGGCAAAAGUUGUGCAGGGUACCUGCUACCUUGAGGUCAACGAUGACGGAAAAGCCAAGCGUACCAUACUGAAUCGCGGUCUUAAGGAUCCUAAGGCCCCAGACACACCCGGCUAUCAAUUCCUGCAGACUCGGGGCAUAAUAAUUAUCGAUAACCCUGUGUUGGGUAAAGUCGCAGUGCUACCCAUUGGUAUGGCCCUCGUGUCAGGGGUGAAGUUAUCGGUUCGAAAGGGCGACGAAUUGAAAAAAGGCGAUGAGAUCUCGAACUUCUUAUUUGGGGGGUCCGAUAUCAUUUGUGUCUUCCAGAGUAAAGCAGGUCUAAGCCCUAACAGCUUUGUGCCUUCUCCUGACCCUCCUGAUGAUAAACCCUGGGAGAAUUACUCCAAGUACGGAACCAAGUUGGCUACUGCAACACCUGUUAGUUAGACAAGUUGCUGUGUUUAUUUGGAAGGGGACUCGCAAGUUUAUAUGGUACCCAGGUAGCCGCGGUAUAUUUGUAGUCUGACGAUUGGUCACUCGUUUAAGUUGAA